AUGUUUUGGUCACACAGGCACACAUAAAUUGAAAUUUUCGAAUUUCGACGGUCGCAAUGAGUGAGGCUCUCGGAGAUGUGGUUUCGGAAUAUCUGGAGCGAGGCUUGGUGCUGGUCAUCGCGGACCUGCUCAGCCUGAUCACGGUCUCGUCCUGUCUGGUGAUCAAGGUGCCGCAAAUAAAUACGAUACGGGCCAACGAGUCCUCGAAAGGCAUCAGCGUUUUGGGACUGUGUCUGGAGCUCUUUAGCUACACCGUGAUGCUGUCCUACAACUACACCAGUGGCUAUGACUUCCUCUCGUACAUGGAGUAUCCUGUUCUGCUGCUGCAGGAGUACGCCUUGAUCUACUAUGCCUUCAAGUACCAGGAUCUGCUGGGCAGGAGGACGCAGCUGGUGGCCGUACUAUAUAGUAUAGUGGCCACUCUCAUCUACCUGAAGCUCUUUCCCGUUAUCAUCCUUACGUUCCUGGUGCCUUUCUGCACGCCCAUUGGAGCCACGAGUAAGGUGCUCCAGCUGCUGGCCAUUCUGAGGACCAAAGAUGCCAGUUCCGUCAGUAGAACCACCUGGGCACUCUCUGCCUUCACCAACAUGACUCGAAUCUACACGGUCUUCUUCCAAUCUCACGACUGGAUGCUGCUGUCCAACUUCCUGAUUUCAACUUUCCUUAGCGCAUCCGUUUUUGGAGCCGCCUGUUUCUACAAGAAGAAGGCCAAGGCGGAAUAGUUGCCCACCAUGAUAAGAGGAGCUCAACAUAGACAAACAUUGUGCUGGCUGGAAAUGCUUAUCAGUCAUUGUUUUAAUUUAAUAUGCUUAUCUGUUGAAAUUGAUAUUACAAAUUCUCGUUUGAAUCGAUA